AACUGUCUUGUGCGUUGAGUGUUUCUUGAACUAUAUGUAGAGUGACUAAUCCUUGUGAUAUCAGUGAAAAUAGGUUAAAAAUAUUUAACUAAGAAAUCCAGUAUAUAUUUAUUUGGAUUAGAUACAGCUGGAUUUAUUCUAAAUAUCAUUUUGGAAGAUCACUUUUGCAGACGAGAAAAUGGAAAUUAAAAACCAAUGGUUUAAUAUCACCAAUAUCUUAAAAAUUAAGACAUAAGAUAGAGUGACUGCACAGUGGACAAACAAAAGAAAGAGAAAAGGAGAUAAAAUCUUCGAAGAGAUUAUCUAUCUAUCAAGUAUCAAGCAAAUAAAAUUCACAAUGGUCCAAACAAUUCAAAGGAUAAUUUCGCAAAACUUUGCACAGAGCAAACCAACAGGGAAAGAAGACACUCUAUCGCAGUUGAUCGGCCAUUUUGGAAAAUGGCAGUUCAUUAUUUUCGCGGCUGUCUUCCUCGUCAAGCUCUCUUCAGGAUGGGUUCAAAUGGCGAUAUUAUUUUUGACCCCCAACUUGACUUUCCGAUGUGCAGAGUUGAAAAAUUCUUCAGCAUCAGAUCUAUUGUUUUUACAAAAGGACAUUCCGAUUUUGGAGUCCAGUUCAAUAAGCAAUGCUUCAUCACUGAAUUUUAGUUCCGUAUUUAGGAACGGGACAUUCGAAGAGAACAAAUGUUAUUCAGAAUGUAUGAAGUACGAAUACGAUACAGGGAUAUUUGACAACACCAUAGUCUCGGAAUGGGACUUGGUGUGCGAGCGGCGGUGGCUGGCCAGCUUCACGCAGAUGGUGCUACAGUUGGGUAUACUGAUCGGGAGCAUACUCUUCGGAUUUCUAUCUGACAGAUAUGGCCGAAAGAACACCUUUCUCCUCUCGAUUACCACACUUAUUGCUUUCGGAUUCGUCGUCCCCUUCUCUCCCAACUACACAGUGUUCACUGUCUCUCGCUUCUUCCUGGGCAUGGCUACCGCGGGCACCAUGGUCAUAUCCUUCGUGAUCAUCAUGGAGACCGUCGGUCCGAGAUACAGGGAGCUUUUGGGCUGUUUGUUCCAAAUCCCCUUCAUCAUUGGGCACAUGACAGUCCCACUCUUCGCAUACUACUUCAGGAGUUGGGACACAUACACGUUGGCACUGGCUGUGCCUCCUCUGAUAUAUCUGGGGUAUUUCUUCGUGCUGAACGAGUCUCCAAGAUGGCUCGUCAGUGUAGGCAGGGUUGAAGAAGCGACGGAGAUUGUGACGAGAGCAGCUAAGAUAAACAACCGUUCCACCAACAAGAUAAAGGAAACUCUAACGGAGUUCUCCCAAGCCAUCCAGUCGCGAUCAGACGAGCCAAAGCCGAACUACACGGAAUUGUUCCGGCGCUCUCUAUGGCUCAAGACGUCUUGCUGCUGCGGUAUCUGGCUCAUCACUGGGGUGACCUUCUUCGGACUGAACCAGUACAUCAGCCAAACCAGCCCAGACCCGUUCAUCAGCGUCUCUGCUGCCGGGGCCAUACAGAUCCCCUCCAUUCUCCUCUCUAUCUGGCUCAUCAAGACCUUCGGGCGGAAAGCGACGACGAUCGCCUUCUCCUGCUUCGGCGGUCUUUGCAUCAUCACCCUGGGCUGCCUGCCACCCACCUUCGUCAUCAGACUGACCCUCGGGACCUUGGGCGUCAGCUGCGCCUCUAUAGUCGCCACCACCAUCUACAUCUUCACUUCAGAGAUAUACCCGACUGUGGUUCGGAAUAUGGGCAUGGGGGCUGCCUCCACUGCCAUGAGGAUAGGCUCAAUGAUUGCUCCUUUCAUCUCCAACGUCACCGCCGUCCCUUGGCUGCCGACGAUCGUGUUUGGCGCAGCCCCGAUUAUUGCUGGUGCCCUUUGUUUGCUACUGCCAGAAACUAAAGGCAGGGUUUUGCCGGACAGCAUUGAUGACGUUGAUGAGAAGUAAGGCCGGUAAAAGGCGUAAAUGAUUAAGAAUCAUAAUAAAUAAACAGAAAGAAUACCGACUAGGAUUACCUAUAACGGGUGUAAAAAAACCUAUCCCGAAGCCGAAGACUACUUAUUCUCCACAUCAUGGGGAUCAUUUUUUUCUUUGUGACCAUACCUGGGAAACUUGUGGUUUAGGAGAUAUUGAAGGUCAAAGUCAGAAUAUUUUUUUCAAGAUUUUUACAUUAUCAAUUUCAAUUCGUUGUUUAAAAUUUUUUUUUCUAAGAAACCUUAUUAAAAUUUUGAGUAUUUUCGUCACAAUAAGGCUUUUUUCUUUACAAUAAGAAAUGGACAGCAGCGCGCGCACACACGCUCAAGCGCUGCCCCCACGCCCCGAACCGCAACCCGCGCUCGCCCGUGAGUCAUUCAACUCUACUGUGAGUUCAACGACUACGACUGGACCAACUGAACUGAGCUUAAUCCAAAAUCUACCUAGUUUGUAAAAAUGAAAU